AUGGAAGAGAACAAAGAAGAUAUUUGCGAGCUGAACAAAAACAGCUAUCCCAAUUUUUAUCUAGCAGACCUAUUUUACAUUUUACAGUUGUCACAUAUAUCACAGGAGGAGAAAAAUGAAACGUUUCAAAAACUCCUAGAUGAAAUAAAAAAAAAUAAUAUGUACGCAUAUUAUACUUAUGUAUGUGAAGAAUUAAAGAUACCCAUAGAUCAAGAACUUUACAAUUCUUUAAAAGAAAAAGCAGAUGAAGAAAUUAACGAAAUAGAAAAAAAAAUUCAAGAGGCUUCCGAAAAUUUUGAUUCAGUUGAAACCAAAAAUGACAUUCUAUUAAAGGCAAAUUUCUUUUGCAAAAUAGGAGACAAGGAAAAUGCUCUGAAGGAAUAUGAAGAAGUGUACAAAAAGGGAAUAGGAAAUGGAGUUAAGUUAGAUAUUCUUCUGACGAUAAUAAGAAUAAGUAUAUUUUUUAAUGAUUUGAAGAAUACUAAAAAAUAUUUAGAGAAAGCAAAAAUGCAAAUGGAAAAAGGAGGAGAUUGGGAAAGAAAAAACAAAUUAAAAAUAUAUGAAGCUUUAAAUUAUAUUAUGAUUAGAAAUUUUCCUGAGGCUUCCAAAAUUUUAAUAGAUGCCGCUUCUACAUUUACAGCAACAGAGAUUAUUUCUUAUGAUGAAAUUAUAUUUUAUGUUGUCAUUCUUGGAAUAAUGACAGAAGAAAGAACCGUUUUGGACAAAAAAGUUUUAAAUAGUUCAGUUAUUUUACAAGUAACAAGUAGUGAUGAAGAUUUGCAUAGCUACAUUUCCUCCUUCUACCAUUGUGAUUAUCGAACAUUUAUGGAAAAGACAAUAAAGAUUGCUAUGAGAGUAAAGAGGGAUAAAUACUUUGGAAGACAUUACAGAUAUUUCAUUCGAAAUACAAGAGUUAGAGCUUAUAAACAAUUUUUAGAACCUUUCAAAAGUGUUACACUUAAAAACAUGGCUUACGCUUUUGGUGUAAGUGAUGAAUUUAUUGAAGAUGAAAUUUCCUCCUUUAUUGCAAAUGGAAAAUUGAAUUGUAAAAUUGACAAAGUGAAUGGUUCUAUCGAAAGUAAUCAACCAAAUGAACGAAACACCUUAUACUUAAACACGAUUAAAAAGGGGGAUAUUCUUCUAAAUAGGAUACAGAAACUGUCUAGAGUAAUUGACAUGUAA